AUGACCUCCAGACCAAAACGAGCAGCCUCGCCGCUCAUCGAGCCUAAACCGUCUCGUCUGAAACCGUUUAAGAACCGCGACGGUCUAGGAGCCUACAUCAAAUCCCCCGAGUCCUUCUCCGCUACAACUGUCAUAUCCCAUUCGCCUGAGUUCGUGGUAAUUCACGACCUGUACCCUAAAUCCGCCGUACACCUGCUCAUCCUCCCCCGAGAUCCGAAGAAAUUCUUCCAGCACCCAUUCAAGGCCUUUGAGGAUGCAGAUUUCCUUGAAAGCCAUUAUAAUAGCUUUUCGACGCCGUUUUUUGUUGAGCUUGAUGCGUUUCCGCUGGCGGAGGACGAUGAGCGCAGACAUCCUGAUAGAGAAGGGUAUCUGAAGUCGGAUCUGAAGUGUUGGAGGUGUGGCCAGAAUUAUGGGUCUAAGUUCGCGCAGCUUAAGGCACAUUUGGAAGAUGAGUUUGAGGAAUGGAAACGGAUAUAA